CGCCGCUCCGACAUGAGGGGCAGGCGGGGCAGGCCGCCCAAGCAGCCCGCCGCCCCCGCCGACCGCUGCGCCCCGGCCCCGCCGCCGCCGCCGCCGCCGCCGCCGCCGCCGCCGCCCCCGCCCGCCGGGCCCAUCGGGGGGCUGCGCUCCCGGCACCGCGGGAGCAGCCGGGGCAGGUGGGCCGCCAACGCCCAGGCGGAGGUGGCGCCCAAGGCGCGGCUGGGCUCGACCCGGGGGGGCGGCGGCCGCAGGAAACAAGGCUCCGGGACCGCGGCCGCCGCCGCCGCCGCCGCCGCUCCCCCCGCCGGCAACGCCGCCGCUGCCGCCACCCCGGGCCGGGCGGGCCGCGGAGGCGGCGGCGGGGGCAGAACGGCCGCCCCCGGCCCCCACCCGCCCCGGCCCACCCCGUCCAGGAGGACCAUCAGCAAAGUGGUCUACGAUGACCACGAGAGCGAGGAGGACGACGACGACGACGACGAGGAGGACAUGGUGUCCGACGAGGACGACGACGAGGAGGAAGAGGGGGACGCGGAGGAGGCGCGCGACUCGGACGGAGAGGGGGACGACGACGACGAGGAGGAGGAUCUCAUGGAAGAGGAGGACGAGUCCGACUAUCCCGAGGAAAUGGAAGACGACGACGAUGCCAGCUACUGCACCGAGAGCAGCUUCAGGAGCCACAGCACCUACAGCAGCACCCCAGGUAGGAGAAGACAAAGAGUGCAUCGUCCUCGUUCUCCAAUAUUGGAAGAAAAAGACAUCCCACUCCUUGAAUUUCCUAAAUCCUCCGAGGACUUAAUGGUGCCUAAUGAGCACAUAAUGAAUGUUAUUGCCAUCUAUGAGGUACUGCGGAACUUUGGCACUGUUUUACGUUUAUCUCCUUUUCGUUUUGAGGACUUCUGUGCUGCUCUGGUAAGUCAAGAGCAGUGCACACUUAUGGCAGAGAUGCAUGUCGUGCUUCUGAAGGCAGUUUUGCGUGAAGAAGACACUUCAAAUACUACCUUUGGACCCGCUGAUCUGAAAGAUAGUGUGAAUUCCACACUGUAUUUCAUAGAUGGAAUGACGUGGCCAGAGGUUCUGAGGGUAUAUUGUGAAAGCGACAAAGAAUACCAUCACGUUCUUCCUUAUCAAGAAGCAGAAGAGUACCCUUAUGGACCAGUAGAGAGUAAAAUCAAAGUUCUUCAGUUUCUAGUGGAUCAGUUUCUAACGACCAAUAUUGCUCGUGAAGAGUUGAUGUCUGAAGGGGUGAUCCAGUACGAUGACCAUUGUAGGGUUUGUCACAAACUUGGGGAUUUGCUCUGCUGCGAAACUUGCUCAGCAGUGUACCAUCUGGAGUGUGUGAAGCCGCCUCUGGAAGAGGUACCGGAGGACGAGUGGCAGUGCGAAGUCUGUGUGGCACAUAAGGUUCCUGGGGUGACUGACUGUGUUGCUGAAAUCCAAAAAAAUAAACCGUACAUUCGACACGAGCCCAUUGGAUAUGACCGAGGUCGGCGGAAAUACUGGUUCCUAAACAGAAGACUCAUUAUAGAGGAAGAUUCAGAAAAUGAGAAGGAUAAAAAACUUUGGUACUAUAGCACAAAGGUCCAGCUGGCAGAAUUAAUUGAAUGCCUAGACAAAGAUUACUGGGAAGCUGAGCUUUGCAAAACUCUGGAAGAAAUGAGUGAAGAGAUCCAUCGGCACAUGGACAUAACUGAAGACCUGACAAAUAAGGCCCGGGGUAGUAACAAAUCUUUCCUGGCUGCAGCAAACGAUGAGAUUUUGGAGUUUACCAGGUCCAAAAGAGGCGACAUAGGAGAUGAUGCUAGGAGCCCAGCUUCUGAGGAAACAGAAAAGGACAAAAAUGAGGCUGAGAACCAAAGCCCAAAAGAUUCUGACAAAAACAAGGAGGAACUUGCUGACCAAUCUCAAGAAAAAACAUCCGAUGAGGAUUCUGAAAAAGGAAAAUCAGAGGAACCAACAGACUUUGGAGAUAAAGGUAACUCUGUGGCAACCAAUACGGGCGACAGCACCACAGAUGCUUCUGCAGGAGAGACUAGUCCCUCUGAAGGGAAGAGCACAAUUGGGUGUCCUUCAGAAACCCAUGAUAGCAACAACGUGGCAGAGGAGAAGGUGGCAUCUGAGCUCCCCCAGGAUGCAUCAGAAGAAACUUCCAAGACAAGUGACAGCAACACUGGUACUGAUACAGCCGUCAUCCCAUUCCCGUCCAAUAUGGAAAACAGCAACGGUGGCAGCGAGCUCAGUUCUUCCCAGGGUGAACUGCUUACUAAACCGUCGGAUGACUCUGAAAGUGUCAGAGGAGACUCCCCACUUCCUGCCUGUAGUCAAGAGGAGCUGGGAGAUUUCAAAUCGGAGAAGUCUAACGGGGAGAGGAGCGAGUCCCCAGGCGCGGGGAAAGGAACCCCUGGCUCCACCCGUAUGGUCACGAGACUGCGAAAUCCUGACAGCAAGCUGAGUCAGAUGAAGAGCCAGCAGGUUGCAGCAGCAGCUCAAGAAGCAAAUAAAUUAUUUAAGGAAGGCAGGGAGGUCCUGGUGGUUAACUCCCAAGGAGAAAUUUCCAAGUUGAAUGCCAAGAAGGAAGUCGUGAUGAAAGGAAAUAUCAACAACUUUUUCAAGCUAGGUCAAGAGGGGAAGUAUCGCGUUUAUCACAAUCAGUACACCACCAAUUCAUUUGCACUGAACAAGCACCAGCACAGAGAGGACCAUGAUAAGAGACGACAUCUCUCACAUAAAUUUUGUCUGACUCCAGCUGGAGAGUUCAAAUGGAAUGGUUCAGUACAUGGGUCCAAAGUUCUUACCAUAUCCACUUUGAGGUUAACUAUCAUCCAGCUAGAGAACAACAUCCCAGCAUCAUUCCUUCAUCCCAACUGGGCCUCGCACAGGUCAAACUGGAUUAAGGCUGUUCAGAUGUGUAGUAAGCCUAGAGAAUUUGCACUAGCCUUGGCCAUUUUGGAGUGUGCAAUUAAACCAGUUGUCAUGCUGCCGAUAUGGCGAGAAUCCCUGGGACAUACCAGAUUACACAGAAUGACAUCAAUUGAAAGAGAAGAAAAGGAGAAGGUAAAAAAAAAGGAGAGAAAACAAGAGGAGGAAGAAACAAUGCAACAGGCUACGUGGGUGAAAUAUACAUUUCCAAUCAAGCAUCAGGUUUGGAAACAAAAAGGAGAAGAAUAUCGAGUAACGGGUUAUGGUGGUUGGAGCUGGAUCAGUAAAACACAUGUUUAUAGGUUUGUGCCUAAAUUACCAGGAAAUACUAAUGUGAAUUACAGAAAAAUGCUAGAAGAAGAUAGUGAAAGUGGUGAAAAUCAGUGUGAAUUGGAUAAAAGAAAAAGUCCAACAAAAGUAAAAAUAGAGAAUGAUGUUCAAAAGAGCAAAGAAGAUGUUUCAGAGACUUCACAAGAAUAUUCCUGUGGAAGAAAAAGACCUAUCAAGGAAGAACCUAUGGAGGUAGAUGAAGUGAAGAGCGAAUCCCCCUUUCCAAGUGAGGAAAGUUCUCUUCCAAGUGAUUUGAUAAAUGUCAGUGAAGGUCUUCAUCUAAGGACUAGCUCAAAGAAAGUAAAAUCAUCCAAAUUAGAUGGACUGCUUGAAAGGAGAGUUAAACAGUUUACACUGGGAAAGCAAAGGCUUGAAAAGAUAAAAUUGGAAACUGGUGUUAAAAUCCUUGGGAAAACCUCUUUAGGUUCCUUCAAGAGCACUCCUGAAUCCCAGGUAUUGAUGACAAAAGAAGGGAGUCAGACCGACCUGAAUGAAGAAAAAACCCAACAUUCAAGUAGUAACAAAACUGAAGGUUUGAUUCAGACAUGUUCACAAAAUAACCAGUCUUCCGAUAUCAAUUCAGGUGAUCCUGUUGAGACCACUUUGCCUCACACAGGUAAGCUUUCAGACGAAGUCUCCGAUCAGUUUUCAGGUCCAGACCUUCCAAAACAUAGCUCUGUUGGGUUACGAAAGCCCCUCCCAGAUGACGGAAACUCGAAGCACCUACGACAGAGGUGUUCUGACUACCCCUGGAACAACAGCCUUAAAGAAAAACCUAGGGAACUGGUGCAUGCCUCAGAAACUAACAGCACUUUGGACAAAAGUUCUGAGACGGGGCCCACUCGAGAGAAAGAAGAGGAGGAUGAGAUUGCUCAGAGUAUCAAUGAAAAUAUUCCCGACUGCAGGAAAAGAGAGUAUCAUGAACCAGUUUUUGAAAGUCCAAAAACAUUUGAAAACUGAACUUCGGAGUCCAAGGUAAAAGCCAGUGACGAAUAUGCCUAACACCCUAAGAUGACUGAAGCUAAUGGGGAGAAGCCAAGUCGGAAAGAACUCAGAGCAAGUCUGGUCAAUAAAUGUCAUGAUCAGGUAAUUCUGAAGAAUAAUACUGAAAAAAAUAACGAAAAUGGGGAAACAGAGAAGAAAGAGAAAGAAAAAUCAACUGCAUUUCACAUUAAUGGCAACAGUGAACUUAAAAUAUUUUCAAAGGAUGACUGUUUGAAGGAGAUCCCUGAUAGUAAGGCAGGAGCUGAUGACGCCGGAACCAAGGCUAAUAAUGUCACUAAAACAAUCCGCCGAUCAUGAUUCAAAACCAUCCCGGUGAGAGAACCAGCUGUAAAGCCAUUUAUGAAUGGAGACGUCACCAUGAAGAUUGAAUGAGAACUUAACUCGGAUACAAGGUCUUGCGUACAUUCUUCGGAUGCUGAUAGUGAACCCCUAGAGAGGCUGGAGAAAACUUCUCCUCCAAAAGAGCCAGAGGGUAUCCCAACGACCGCCACCUCUCCACGAUCUCCACUGUCCUGUAAAGAAAGCGGUCAUCCUGAAUCAAGUAGAAAGUAUGGAGGACUUGAAACUCAGAGGAUUAAGGAAGUACUCCUUUCACCUGUUCACUUCUGAAGAGGGAAUCUAUGCCUCAGUAGUGAUUUUCUUGAUCAGAAUUGGUCCUACCGGUAGACAGAGUUGAGGAUGUUCAAUGGAGAAAGCGAAUAAGAAAAAACGGUUGAUCCACAGAAGUUUACCACCACCACGUCGUACCCAUUGCCAACAGAGUCAAAAAGGGUAUUUUCAGUGGCAGAAACGGCCUCUCAGGAAGAUAAACCAGCAUUAGUGUCCUCCGCAGAGAACUGUGCAUGUGUCCACCGUAACACCACCACCACCACCACUGUAACCAAGCUGACACACCCAUUUCCGACAGUAACGUUGACGUCAUCUCGUGAAGGAACACAGUAAACCGUGGUCACGACGACAGUAACCGACUCGCUCACCACUGCAGGAGGCACCUUAGUCACUUCCAUGACUGUGAGCAAGGAAUAUUCUACAAAAGAUAAAGUGAAGCUGAUGAAAUUUCAAAGGCCCAAAAAGCCCGUUCUGGAACAGGCUCUGCCAUCCUAUAGGAAAUUUGUAACUAAGAGCAGCAAAAAGAGUAUAUUUGUUUUGCCCAAUGAUGACUUAAAAAAGUUGGCCAGAAGAGGAGGCAUCCGAGAGGUCCCUUGUUUUAAUUACACACGCAAAGCCUGCCUUGGAUAUAUGCCUUACCCGUCCCCAAGACCAACGUUUGGAAUCACGUGGAGGUAUGGACUUUAAGAAUUUGCUCAAACAGUGAAAUCACUGGCUGGAGUAAGCCUAAUGUUGCGGUUACUUUGGGCGAGCUUAAGGUGGGAUUGACAUGGCAGCCAAAACCCUCCUGGGGGAGGGACAACCCGAACAGAAACAUCAGAAACAGAAAUUACAACAACUGAAAUAAUCAAGAGGAGAGAUGUUGGACCCUAUGGUAUUCGAUCUGAAUAUUGUAUCAGGAUCAUUUGCCCCAUUGGCGUUCCAGAGGCCCCAAAAGAAACUCCUACACCUCAAAGGAAAGGCCUUCGAUCGAGUGCCCUGAGGCCGAAGAGACCCGAGACCCCUAAGCAAACAGGCCCUGUUAUAAUUGAAACCUGGGUUGCAGAAGAAGAAUUAGAAUUAUGGGAGAUCAGGGCAUUUGCAGAAAGAGUGGAGAAAGAAAAGGCACAGGCAAUUGAACAGCAAGCUAAGAAACGCUUGGAGCAGCAGAAACAGUUACCAACAGUAGUUUCGUCUUCUACCGCUCCUGCAACAAGCAGUACAGCCAAUGCGGUCUCCACCCCCCAGAAAGUGGUGGCGGGCCCCUUAUCUGGUCCGGUGUCCACAGGAACCAAAGUGGUUCUGACAACUAAAGUGGGGUCUCCGGCUACAGUAACAUUCCAGCAGAACAAGAACUUUCACCAAACAUUUGCCACCUGGGUUAAACAAGGCCAGUCGAAUGCAGCCACCAGCACAGCGGCCACUUCCGCCACCACAAUUGCCAGCACAGGUCAGACGUUCCAGAUUACAAGCAGUCCAGUAACUAUGGCAGGAAAAGUAAUCACCAAGCUGCCACUUCCUGCAAACAGCAAGAUUGUCGCCGUCAAUGUGCCAACGACGCAAGGAGGUGUGGUUCAAGUUCAACAAAAAGUACUGGGUAUCAUUCCACCAGGUACAGGGGCGAGCCAGCAAACCUUUACCUCAUUCCAGCCAAGGACGGCAACGGUCACCAUUAGGCCAAACACCCCAGGGACCGUAGGUGCCGCAAGCACAUCACAAGUAAUCACAGGAACCCAGAUCCGUUCCGGUAUGACAGUGAUAAGAACACCGCUCCAACAGUCAACUCUUGGAAAAGCCAUCAUCCGAACACCUCUGGUGGUUCAGCAAGGUCAGUCUCAACAAGUAGUAACACAGAUCAUAAGAGGGCAGCCUGUUUCCACCGCAGUGUCUAGUGCUAGCACUGUCCCUUCGAGUCCCGGACAGAAGGUAGUAACAACCUCUGGAACGGCCUCACAGCAUAUACCACCACAGCCUUCAACUCCUCAAGCCACUCGGCCCCAGCAAGGCCAGGUGAAGCUUACCAUGGCCCAGCUCACACAGCUAACCCAAGGACAGGGUGGCAGUCAGGGUUUGACAGUUGUAAUUCAGGGACAGGGUCAAACUACUGGACAAUUGCAGUUGAUCCCUCAGGGGGUGACAGUAAUUCCAGGACCGGGACAACAGUUAAUGCAGGCUGCAAUGCCAAAUGGUACCAUUCAGAGAUUCCUUUUUACCCCACUGCCAGCAGCAGCCACAGCAGCCACAACAGCCAGCACCACCACCACCACAGUUUCCACUUCAACCACAGCUACGAGUGAACAGAAACAAACCUCCCCGACACCCCAGACCCAAGGACAGCAAACCCAACCGCUUCCACCAGCUCAGCCACCAAUUCAGAGCCAGCCACAAACCCAAUCUCCGGCCCCAACACAGACUGCUCAAUCUUCCGCUCAACCCCAGGCCCCAACACAGGCACCCCAGCCCCCAGGGCAAUCUGAAGUCCAGGCCCAAGCAGAAGCCCAGGCCCAAGCCACCGUUCCAUCCCCAGAUACAUCCGAACCUCAACCUUCUCUCACACAGACAACCAAACCCCAAACAGGGGAGGAGCAGCCUCCAAGUCAGGGCCAGGGACAGUCUCCCGCUGGAGGGCAGAGUCCGCCACAGACGAACAUCCACCCACCAACCCCAUCCGAAGUACCCGCCGCCCAGGCGGCCCAAGUUCCGACUUCAAGUCCACCGCAGGUGCAAAAUCAGUCUCAUCCGUCCGUCCCGAUUCCACCGCAGGCGCCACAGCCGUCACAGCCUCAACUCCAGUCCACUGUUCAGACCCUUCCGGCCACCCCAGCUUUAAACCAAGUCACCGUCCAAUCUCCGUCCCGCCCUCAACUGCAAAUUCAACAGCCUCAGACUCAAGUCAUCACCGUUCCACAGCUUCAGCAGCAAGUACAGGUUCUCUCUCAAAUCCAGUCUCAUGUGGUGGCUCAGAUACAGGCUCAGCAGGGGGUUGUGCCUCAGCAAAUCAAGCUCCAGUUACCCAUUCAGAUUCAGCAAACCAGCCCUGUGCAGACGCACCAGAUCCAGAAUGUGGUCACGGUGCAGGCGGCCAGCGUGCAAGAACAACUGCAGAGGGUUCAGCAGCUCAGGGAGCAACAGCAAAAGAAGAAACAGCAGCAGAUUGAAAUUAAGCGUGAGCACAGCCUCCAGGCCUCUAAUCAGAGUGAAAUCAUCCAGAAGCAGGUGGUGAUGAAGCAUAAUGCUGUGAUAGAACACUUAAAACAAAAAAAGACUAUGACACCAGCUGAAAGAGAAGAAAACCAGAGAAUGAUAGUAUGUAACCAGGUCAUGAAGUAUAUUUUGGAUAAGAUCGAUAAGGAGGAAAAACAGGCAGCUAAGAAGCGAAAACGGGAGGAGAGUGUGGAACAGAAACGUAGCAAGCAAAAUGCUACCAAGCUGUCAGCUCUGCUCUUCAAACACAAAGAACAACUGAAAGCUGAAAUAUUGAAAAAGAGAGCCCUGCUAGACAAAGAUCUUCAAAUAGAAGUGCAGGAAGAGCUAAAGAAAGACCUCAGUAAAAUUAAGAAGGAAAAGGAGAAAGCACAGGCAGCAGCGGCAGCAGCCACAGCAGCAGCCGCAGCUCCUCCACCUCCUCCACCGCCGCCUCCGCCGCCGCCACCGCCACCACCGGUACAGCACCCACAUGCAGCCAGUGUCACAUCGACGCCAACGGUACCCACACCCGUAUCCUCCCAGAAGCGAAAGCGAGAGGAGGAGAGAGAGUCUUCGGCUUCCAAGUCCAAGAAAAAGAAAAUGAUCUCUACUACCUCAAAGGAAACCAAGAAGGACACAAAGCUUUACUGCAUCUGUAAAACGCCUUACGACGAAUCUAAAUUUUACAUCGGUUGCGAUCGAUGUCAGAACUGGUAUCACGGGCGCUGUGUGGGUAUUCUGCAAAGUGAGGCAGACCUCAUUGAUGAGUAUGUCUGUCCACAAUGUCAGUCAACGGAGGAUGCUAUGACAGUCCUUAGUCCACUGACCGAUAAAGAUUAUGAGGGAUUGAAACGAGUGCUGCGUUCUCUACAGGCUCACAAAAUGGCAUGGCCUUUCUUGGAACCAGUUGAUCCCAAUGAUGCCCCAGAUUACUAUGGCGUUAUUAAGGAACCUAUGGACCUUGCCACCAUGGAAGAACGGAUACAAAAGCGUUAUUACAAAAAGCUGACAGAAUUUGUGGCAGAUAUGACCAAAAUUUUUGAUAACUGUCGUUACUACAAUCCAAGUGACUCCCCUUUUUACCAAUGUGCAGAAGUUCUUGAAUCAUUCUUUGUACAAAAACUGAAAGGAUUCAAAGCAAGCAGGUCACAUAACAACAAACUGCAGUCUACAGCUUCUUAGAGUUCAACGUGUUUCCUUAACACAAAACACAGCAAGAAUCUGGUUGUCUGAAUUUUUUUUUUUUAAAGAAGCCAGAUGUUUUUAGUCAGGUUAUCCUGACAAGAGUUGACCUAAACUGCAUUUUUAUCAGUCACAACAGUCACCAUAUUCUUGGCCUAUUUUGUCCAACGGACAAAGGAAAAACAAAAUCAGCAGCACCACUUUCUUGUCAAGAUCCAAUUGUUGUACUAUUGUGGCAGAAGCAGGAAAACUUUGUUUUAUUGAGAGAGAGAAAGAGAGAGAGAGAGAGAGAGAGAGAGAGAAAAGGAAAGCAAGAAAAAAGAUAAAUGGGGUCACAUUUAACUCCAUGGAAAUGCCACGUCUGCUCUUCAGUGAAGAAGCUGGUGUAAAGUCCACACAGAAAACUUUGACUGUAUUUAUUUAUUGUUGCAAAAAAGACGCUUUUUUAUUGCUGCCCUCAUUUGUCAGCUAAUUAUUUUUUCUUAUAAAAUCCAGCCCCGGUUACAUGUAAUCCAUUCUGUAUCUUAUCAUGAUUCCUGUAGGUAAAAAAAAGUACAAGACAACCUCUAGAUGUCUUUUCUUUCUAUGAAAGGAGCUGCUAUGUACACAUGUGCACACACACACACACACACACAUACAUACAUACAUACACACACAGAGAAAACUGGGAAUCAACAAUGAGUUUAUUGUUCAUGGUAGAUAAAAAUUAAGCUUGCAUAAAGGUUGGGCUAAGUAGUCGUCGACUACAGACUCUGUUGCCUUGAAUAUAACAAAACAAUUUGUCAUUUACUCUGCACCAGACUGAAAUGAGUAAAAUCUAUUUGAAGGUAUCUUGUUUGUAAACAUUUGUCAGAUUCUAAUUUUUUCUUUUUGUAUUAAAUUCAAAAUAUGGAUGUAUAUGAAACAAAAUAAAUGGAGAUCAUUGUUCUCCCACAGAUG